UGUUUGUUUAGUUGUUUUGUUUCUCUUAUGUUUGUUCGUUUGUUUUCAAGUCUUGUUCGAUGUUUAUUUCCAAGUUUUAUCGAUGUUUGUUGUUUUACUUGUUUUUCUUAUGUUUUAAACUUUCUAAGUUUAUUUUUCUGUAUUUGUUUAUUUCUUUGUUUGGUGUUUCUUUUCAUGUUUGUUUUCUCUUUGUUACUAACGGUGUUGUCUAGCGUUAUUGUCUUUCUUUCUAUUGUUUAUUGUUCCAGGUAUUUGUUGUUUUUAUCUAUGUUCAUGUCUUCUGUUCGUUUCCAAGUUUAUUUAAUUGUUUUUCAUGUUUAUUUAAAUGUUUAUCACCUCCAUUUAAACUCCAACUUCAUAGAUGCUCACCAAAAAUACCAUUACCGACGGAGAUUCUAAUUUAUCAGCAUUAAUAGCAAAAGAUUUGCUUCAAUUACGUUCUCGGAAACAGUCAAUAGCAUCCGCUCUCUUUCAUGACGAUACUACUUUAGCAGCAGAUUAUGUUAGAGAACAGUUAGCAAGACUUUUGAAUGUUUUUGCUUCAUUUAGAAAGGGAAGGGAUUAUUUGUUAUGUUCUACUAAUUUAAAUAAUAAUUCAAAUUCUAAUUUUGGACAAGGGCGACAACAACUUAUUUAUGAAUGUAGUCAAACAUUAAAGGGAAACAGGCGUCCAUUACUAAGCCCUAACGCUUCAGAACAAUUAUUAGCAGCCUUACAAAAAUUAAGUAUUCGACCUUCUGCACAACGAGAAUUGUUAAUUAAUGGCAUUUUUGAGUGGAUAUGUACCCAAUUGAAACAACAAAAAUUAGGGCAGGCUGGGUUGGAAUUUGGGGUUGCUUUGCUACACAAUCUUGUUGUAAACCCAAUUUCUCAUUCAAUUGCUGUUAGACAUAAAAAGAGACUUUUGGAGACUUUAAGAAUUUUGUUAGGAUCUGCUAGAGGUGGACAGGCAUUACAGUACACUUGUUCAACUCUUUAUAUUCUCCUUUGCCUUCCACAAAUGAGAAAAACUGCUAGAGAUUCUACUGAUCUCGAAAAGAUUUUAAUUGAACGUGCUCAGAAGGAGAAGAAUUUGGAACAAAUUCGACAACUGAUUGUUGUGUACUUGUUGCUACGAGGAGGUAGUUGUUUUGAAUAUUAGAGACCUCGGGGAUAUUAAGAGACUCAGUGUCUAACAAGGAAUAAACUAGACUCAAACAGUCCUCAAUAGAUUCUAGAAUUCUUGGUACCUAUCAGAGGUAGGUCGGAACAGCCAGAGGUGUCGGAAAUCGGAAGAGCUGGAAAUCGGAACUGGCUCAAAAGUCGGAAAUCGGAAAUCAAAAUUUUUUUCGAAAAUCGGAAGGAAAAAACGUCGGAAAUCGCAAUUCCGACCCACCUCUGGUACCUAUCUCGAUCGGUUUUAACGAGAUUUUGUCUCAAUCCUAUCCCUGAUCCAUAAACAACCCCAAAAGUGAUUGUUUAGACUCUAAUGUCUAAUCAAAAAUUACUUUAAAAAACCCCCUAUAUACUCUAAAUUGCUUUUAUAUUUUCUUAACCUAUAUAAAAUACAAAUUAUUAUUUCUUCUCUCUCUUAUUUUCUCCUUUCAAUCUCCUCAACAAUUUUGCUGUUUUUUAUUCUUCCCCUUUUUUCUCCUUGUUGUCAGCCGCCGUCACUCGUGCCAGCCUCUCCCAACACCAACGCGCGCGUCUGUUUUUGUUGUGUCCUCUUUUUCGCAGUGCAUUCCCGCCUUUGAAUCCCGGCUCUUUUUUUGAAGAGAAAAAGAGGGCUAGCUAGCUGUCUUUUACUACUUUUCUUUAAAUUUCUUUUACCUUUUUUUAUUGUUGCUGGUAGUAUUUGUAGUUGUCUCGGUCAUGGUCAAUUCCUUUAAUUUUAAUAUAAAUAUUCACAAAAAUGACCGAAAAUGCUUUUGUCUGAUUUUUUAAAUGAGAAUCUUUCAAAAUUUGAAAAAAUAUUUUUUACAAAUUUAAAAAUUAAUUAAACUUUUUUAACUCAAAAUUUAAAUUAAAUCUUUCCCUAAUUUUCCAAUAUUCUCUAUUUGUGCCUUAUUUUUAUCAUCCUUUUUUUCUUAAUUUUAAUUAUAAAUUUCGAAUAUUUUCAUUCAUAUUAGGCUACUUUAAACUAGAGAGCAGACCAACCGUGCUACGGCCGUAUUUUAUCGAUAUUUAUCGGUAUUCCUUAUCGGUAGUACUGUACGGAGUACGGUACGGUACAGAAUUCCGAUCUCUACUUUAAACGUCUCCCAAUUCUUUUCUUUUCAAUCAAAAUCUAAACUCUAAUAACCAAACUUUUUUGACCCAACUACUCCUAUUUUCAAGCUUUCCUCGAAUUUCAGACUCAAAUGUCCAAAAUUCCUUUACUCCCCUUUCCCUUCUAAUUCUCUAACCCGCGAUAAUCUUCUUCUUCUUCCCAUCAUUUUCCUCCCCAAUUUUACACAAAUAUUUUUUCCUCAUGAUAUUUAUUCUCCCCGUUACUCCCGUCACCACCACCGCAAAGAAGAAAAAAAACAAGUGAAGGUCCUUCCCGUAUCUUCUCUUUAUUUUCCCCUUUUUCUCUACUU